CUCUCAUCAGAUAUGCAAUGUCUCACCAUCGCAGGAAGAUCACACUUCAGUUGCUAACUAAGGAUAAAGCCACAUCAGGAUCUUAUUUCUGUGGAUGGUAAAGAAAAAUAAUUCCUCAACAUCUUACAGUAUUUUCUGUAAGAAAUACUUUUUUCUUUUUAACUUUUUGAGGGACAGUGGAUCAGAGUACAGCUGCAUGCAGUGGCUAUAGCAACUCGCAGCGAUGUCAUCUCAACUCUCUCACAACAAAGAUCAGCCACGCAUUAGAAAGUCCCUCUCUGACUCUUCUCCAACUUCAUCCACUGCCACCACCAAGAGCCUGAGGCACGAGAGACUGUCUAGAUUGAGCUCAACUGGUUCGUCUGACGUCUCCAACGACACGACAACAAACCAUGCUGAGUCAUACUUCUCACGGAGGGAGAACAGACUGUCUGCAAGGAAAAAGGCAGAAGAAGAGACAGCAAACAAUGACUAUAAAAAGAUGUAUGAAAAGGCACUGGCCACCAAUCAAAGACUCAAGUCCAGGCUAGAAACAAGUAAACAGGAACUCGUCAUGAUUCAGGAACAGCUGCAGAGAGCACAGCAGAAGGGAAGAAAGGGCGAAUGUGGGUCCAACAUGCUCGAAACAGAAAAAAAGGAAAGUUGGAGUCUUAAAAAGAAGAUAUCAGAUAUGGAAGAACAAGUGAAGGUUAAAGCAGAUCUAAAGAUGGAGAACCAGAGACUGAAGGAUGAGAAUGGAGCUUUAAUCCGGGUCAUCACUAAACUGUCCAAGUGAGCAGAAAAGGACGAGAUGAAAAGGGAAGGGUGUCAGAGGCCGUAUUUAUAUCUACUAUCUGUAUUCUUUCUGUUGUCAUUGAUGAGGAUACAGGUGAUGAUUCUGAUGCCUUUAAAAGACGACCUUCCUGCUUUUUCAUUGUCAGUUGAGUGAUUGAAACUCGCAGAUACAAAGACACAUUUCACAUCAGGUGUGAAAAAAAAGAUGGUUUUAAAUUCAGCUUCCUUUAAAUGUACUGUAUCUACAGUAGCAACACAUUCCCAAAGAGAAAAUACCAUUUAUAGUCAUAUAUUCAUGAAAUAUUUCUAUAUAAAGGCAA